CUAUUUUCGUGAAAUCCACUGUAUAAGACUUCUAUCUCAUAAUCAUUGUGUAAACGAAUCUCCUAGUUCUCACGUUUGGCAAUUUCAACACUCUGAGAAGCGUAUAAAGAGGCUGAACUGCCAGUGCGCUACUUCAUUUAGUACCAGUUCAAUUGUUGUGUUCAAGUGUCUAUGUUGAAGAAACAGAAAAUAAUAAAAAGCCAUGUACCACUUAAAUACUGUUUGUACUCUUGGCUUGCUCAACCUCUACGUCGUUGUUCACUCCGUGGAACUGCCUAUACCGGAGCAUCGUCUGGAACCCAGAAAUUUCAACCACCAUCCUUACACGGUUUUACCGCAGCUUCUCCUGGAGGACUUUGAUCAUCCGUACGCCGCACUUUCCUUCAAGUUAUCAGGAGCCAAAGGGAGGCAAAACACGCACGACAUAAAUCAUGUCUCUCAAUUUGGUAACCUUGACGACUAUGUGCGACGGUUACUCGGCACUAGGAUGGCAACGCCAAGGAACUACUCGGUUUCCAAGAAGGUUGAAAAUGGCCGUCAAAAGAGUAGUCACGCCUAUAGUCUGGAAAAAAUCGAGCAACCCUGUGAAAAUCACGGUUCGUCAACUCGUGGCCAAUACAAAGUAUCCUUACCCGAAGAACGUCUUCGAAUCGUUAACUAUAUAGCUGACGAUGAUGGUUAUCGUGCUGACGUCAGCUACGAGCAGGAGCACAACCACCGACACCAUUACUACUAUCAGGACCAGGACCAGGAUCGACACCACUACCAGAAGCAGGAGCAGCUGAAAGAAAAACCUAUAGUCGAGAACGUCGAAGAUCUACCGGCGGAAGUGGAUGUGCACACCAGGAUAGCCCUCCAAUCAGCUAACUUGGCUAAAAUCCAGUCGGACUUGGUGAACAUCCCCAGGAGGGGACACGUAGACCAGAAACCGGCAAGAUCGUACCAGAGUGACGUAUCCGCACCAGGAUCAGCUUCGUUUUCCACGUUAUACGAGGGAAUUCUAUUAUCGUCUCUCCUGCCGACGAGGACGACGUAUGAGUUGACGAACGCAGCAACGAUCAACAAUGAGAUUAUCAGUAGUUCAUCGGAUCGAUCCAGAUCAGAUUACCUCUAUGACGAUUCAGCAUCCACGAGGGGGCCUGUGUAUACGUAUAGAGUUUCAAAGGAUUGCGAUUAUUUAAAUUAUAACAGCUAUGAUUACCUGCUCCACUAUCCGUGCUGGUUGUAA